UUCACAGGGCUCUCAAGUCUCACGCAUUGAGCGUGAGACUCACGCAAUUCGGUCUCAUCUCACGCACUCCCGCCACACAUCGAAUUCCUCACGCUGAAAAAACCUCUCGGCUAUUUAAUGCUUGAAUGCAGGGGUGCUCAAUACGCCGAUCGAUUGUUCCGCUGCGGAGCUCCGACGCCGGUCUGCGCGCAUUGGGAUGGAGCAAAAAAAUAGUCACUAGUAACUGAAUCUGUGGUUUUCAGUUUCGUCUCACUCAGACUUUCCUGCUCUAGAGCGUAUUCACUCACGUGACCACAACAACCUUUGGCGGCCAUGUUGGGGUCCCACCACGGCAUUGUUUUGCCUGUUUGUAUGCCGCUCUUCCCUUAGAAAUGACCAUUAUAUCCUGAAGGAGACACGAUUUCAGUUCAAAGCGGUGUGCCUUGUGAUUAUACUGUGCCUCAUUGUUGGAUGUGGGACUAAUGAUUCAGAAUAUGGGUUUAUCAGCUCAACAAGAGGCUAUUACUUCAACUUGUCAUGCAUCUACUUCGGCUUCACUCGGCGUAUGAGCGUUAGGACUGUUCUCAUGUGUUUCUGUUGAUACAUCGGGUUGUGGGCACGUUUUCAUUGACACACUCGUCAAUAAUCUCUUUUUGCUUUUUUCGCCGAGCAAAAAUCAAUGUUUCACUUGCGCAAAAGGAUCUGUGGAUGGAAACUUGGGAGGAAGUCAUGAACAUGGCAACUCCGUCGGGCGAUGUCUGCCUUUACUCUGUGAUUAAUUUCACGGUGAAAUAAAACACUGGCUCCAUGGGAACAGCAUCAGCACGGCCAGCCAAACAGUCACUGCUGGUCCUGAAGGAGCUGGAAGCGGCUUCAUCCAGACACUCGUCCCGGAGGCGGAGCUGUGCGACUACGGAUCAUAUAUGAACCCAGACACGGGGCGAUUGAUGUGGUAUUUCUACAACAAGUAUAACGCAGAAAUAGUUGUUAAUGUCCCAUGGUCGAUAGCGGAAAUGAAAACUGUUUUACAGGAAUGUGACCGGGCUGUGUGCUGGUAACUAGGGGUAACUAGCGAAUUAACCACAAAGUGUUGAGCGAGUAAAAUCAGAUAUGGCUGCUUCAAACUAUCUGCCGUCUGAAGAUCAGUUCCUGUGCUCCGUCUGUCUGGAUGUGUUCACUGAUCCAGUCAGCACACCAUGUGGACACAACUUCUGCAAAAAGUGCAUCAAUCAUUACUGGAAUACCAACAACCAGAACAUGUGUCCGAUGUGUAAAAAGGUUUUCUUCAAAAGACCUGAGCUGCUCGUCAACACCUUCAUCUGUGAGAUGGUUUCUCAGUUCAGACAGUCGACUCAGCAGAAAGCCAGCAGCAGCAGCUCAGAGCAACAAGAGUCCAGACCAGGAGAAGUUCCCUGUGACGUCUGCACUGGAACCAAACUGAAGGCCCUGAAGUCCUGCCUGGUGUGUCUGGUCUCCUACUGUGAGACUCACCUGGAGCCUCACCUGACAAUGUCAGGUCUGAAGAGACAUCAGCUGAUGGACCCUGUGGAGAACCUGGAAGACAGGAUGUGUCUGAAGCACGAUAAACCUCUGGAGCUGUUCUGUAGGACCGACCAGACGUGUGUCUGCAUGCUCUGCACUGUGUUGGACCACAAGAUGCACAAUGUUGUUCCUCUGAAACAAGAAUGUGAAGGAAAGAAGGUCGAGCUGCAGAAGACAGAGGCUGAAACUCAGGAGAUGAUCCAGAAGAGACGACUGAAGAUUCAGGAGGUCCAACACAACGUGAAGCUCAGUGAGGACGAUGCAGACAGAGAGAAAGCAGAAGGUGUUCGGGUCUUCACUGGUCUGAAGGAGUCUGUGGAGAGAAAACUGAACGAGGUCAUCACUACGAUAGAAGAGAAGCAGAGAAGCACCAAGAAACAGGCUGAAGACGCCAUCAGAGAGAUGGAACAGGAGAUCUCUGAUCUGAUGAAGAGGAGCACUGAGGUGGAGAAGCUCUCCCUCUCUGAAGACCUCCUCCUCCUCCAGAGUGUCCAGUCCCUCAACAUCCACCAUCCACCACCCACCAAGGACUGGUCUCAGGUCAGUGUUCCUCCAGCAUCACAUGAGGGGACUGUGGUGAGAGCUGUGUCUCAGCUGGAGGAGACUCUCAGUAAAAAGAUGAAGACGCUGAUUGCUGACGCUGAGCUGAAGAGGGUCCAGAAGUUUGCAGUGGACGUGACUCUUGAUCCUGAAACGGUUCAUCCUGGUCUCAUCCUGUCGGAUGAUGGGAAACAAGUGAACCAUGCUGAUGUGUGGAACAAUCUCCCAGACAACCCAGAGAGAUUUAUGAACUAUUUUUUUGUCCUAGGAAAGCAAGGUUUCUCUACAGGCAGAUUUUACUUUGAGGUUCAAGUUAAAGGAAAGACUGACUGGUUUUUAGGAGUGGCCAGAGAGUCGGUCAACAGGAAGGGAAACGUCAUAGUGAGUCCUCAAAAGGGUUACUGGACUAUAAGUUUGCGAAGUGGAAGCGAGUACACAGCUGCUGCCAAAUCUCCAGUUCUUCUUUCCCUGAAGACUCGGCCUCAGAAGGUGGGGGUGUUUGUGGACUAUGAGGAGGGUCUGAUCUCCUUCUAUGAUGUAAAAGCUGCAGCUCUUAUCUUCUCCUUUACUAGCUGCUCCUUGAAGGAGAAACUCUUCCCAUUCUUCUGUCUUCAAGAUAGUCAUGAUAAAAACUCUGCACCUCUGAUCAUCACUCCUGUUGGAGUGAACUAAUCACUCUAUGGUUAUUGUAACGAUGCUAUUAAUUGAAUAGAAUAAAUGUUUAUAUUGUGUGUGAAAUUCAUGCAGUUGAACUAUUAGUCACUUUGGCCAACUUUGAUUUGUUUUGUGAAUAUUGUUGGGAUGACUUAUGAACCAAAGAAACCUGUAAACAUGAUUGUAAAGAACUCAAAUAAACGAGUUGUUGAACACAAGGCCUGAGUAAUGCAGUCCGCGGUCAGCCGGGGGCUCGUGAGUAUCCCCACUCCCUUUAGCUUUCUACACAUUGUAAACUAAUUGGUCUGUAUAUGAGGACGGCUCCUCUGAGUUUUUACCUGGCUUUGGUAUGAAGGUAAUAGCAGCCGUCUGUGUUGAUUCAGGGAGGAGUAUCUGUACAUUUUACUUAAGAGAGGAAUACAAAUAUCUUUACAGUCUGUAUAUAUUUCUGGAGGAAAGCCAUCUGCUUCACUAUGGGAUGUCAUCGAUAGCUUCCUGUAUCUCUGCAAAUGUAAUUGUCUUGUUAAAAGCCUGUUGUUGUUUCUCAUUCA